AUGGAGCCCGAUCCGCGCACAAAUGGGACCACCGUGCUUCCCACCAGCCUUGCCGAUAUCAUCAUACGCGGUACCAUUGGCCAAUUGCCUCCGUAUGAACGCCGAAGUACAGUCUGGACCGUAGAGCAACUCAACGUCCCUUCGUUUCCCGAAAAUUCUAAACAUGAUGGUGCCCACGGGCAACAACUCUUCUCUAGUAGUGUCUUCGUCAAUUUGUGCCACGAUCUUGGGUCUUGCUGCUUCGUCUGCUUUAUGAAUACUUGCGGGGGGUUCUGCUGUGUAGCGAUGAAACCUGUUGUUGUUGUAGGAUUGUAUGACGCUUGGGUUGCGGACGAAGGGAACGGGUUGCCAUUGCUGAACAACGGAGAAAUGGCUGCUGGUUAUUCUGAAACCCGAACCUGGGCCCUUUUAAAAAUAAGCGGGGAUGGGUUGCCAUUGGCGAUAACGAGGAAAUGUCAGCUGCUGCCACGAUGGGUUGCUGGUCCAGGGCCAGCGGGCCCGAGGCUGAAGGCGGCGAGUCGUAGUAAUAGCGUUUGCGUACAAACGGCCGACUAUCUUGUUGUCGUCGUCGUCCAGCACCGCAGUCCUCUGACGACGGCGGCGGCGGGACGACGCCCUGAGGGGGCCGUCCCAGGAUGUGGCGUCCUCGCCGGCGGCGUGCUUGAAGUAGGCGUCCUUGGCUUUCCGGUCCCAGGACUUGCGAUGCCAGUCCCCGUGGAGCCACCAAGCCGGUUGGGUAGAACCCAGGAGCUCCGCUUAGGGUGGUCCCAACGGCGGGCCCUUUUGCAUCUUGGACUCCGUGUGCCUUGGGUCGUACAUCGGCCUUUUGCCCGGGUCUUGGGCCCGGCGCCUGUCUUCUGCGUGAAACAACGGGGCCUGGGCAGGCGGGACAUUGUCGUCGUAUCAAACGUCUCUGAGUCAAACUUCGAAGGACCACUGCUCCAAAAAUAUCAGAGGUCGCGUCCAACUGGGACAACCCUUGUAUGUUUGUUUAAAAAUGCAAUGCACUUCACUCACCAAGCCACCAGGCCCCAAGCCAUCUGGGAUCCUCCAAAGGGUUGUACCACUGAGAUCCCCAGGCCACAAACAAAAAAUGCCAUGAAAAUUGUGAACAUCCCCUCCAGGGCAUCUUCUCCCUGGACAUCUGGACAGGUUGUUGAGUUACUGGACCUGGACUCUGUGCUGCACAGUGAAGUGCUCUUUGAUGAUAUCCUUUUGGUCUCUGUGGAAGGACGAUUUUUGAAUAGUUUCCAAGAUCACCUUCCUGCUUUCUACAGAAGCUCAACUUGCUCAACUUCCAAAACAGGUGGUUCUUCCUCUUCUAGUGCAUCCAGUGGUUGUGAUGGAGGUGGUGACACCUGGUGGACAUUUGGUGUAACUGAUGUUUAUCUUCCUGGGUCAUUGGCAACCCUGCAAAGGAAGAACGGUGCUGCAUUAUUUUGCAUGAUGCCUGAGGACUUCAUCUUCCGUCAGCUCUUUGACUCAGAGAGCUGCACAUACACGUACUUGAUAGCAGAUGGCGCCAGUGGGCAAGCGGUGAUAAUCGAUCCAGUCAUACAGAAAGUUGACCGGGAUUUGCAGCUGGUCGCUGACCUGGGAUUGACCUUGAUUUACGCUGCCAAUACCCACGUUCAUGCUGACCACAUCACGGGUUCGGGUAAAAUGAAGACCAGGUUGCCUGGGUUGAAAAGUGUCCUUUCUGAAGCCAGCGGAGGAGACGCUGAUUUGUUUCUAAAUCACGGAGACGUUUUGAACGUUGGGAGCAUUGAAAUUGAGGUUCGAGCGACACCUGGUCAUACGAAC